CUCCCCCAGGUUGCCAACGAGGCAGGCUCUGAUACUCAUGCGCAAACACGUCCACCACGCACCUAGGUAAGGCGCAUGCGUCCUCCCAAAGCCGUCUCCUCGGCGUCUCCCUUCGAGUUUCCAGUUCCGGCCUCACAGGGGCGGAGAGAAGUUGGAAAUAUGCGGCUGUCCGUCGCCGCCGCCAUCUCCCAUGGCCGUGUAUUCCGCCGUCUGGGCCUUGGUCCGGAGUCCCGCAUCCACCUGUUGCGGAACUUGCUUACCGGCCUGGUGCGACACGAACGCAUCGAGGCGUCAUGGGCGCGCGUGGACGAAAUGAGGGGCUAUGCCGAGAAGCUCAUCGACUAUGGGAAGCUGGGAGACACCAACGAACAAGCCAUGCGCAUGGCUGACUUCUGGCUUACGGAGAAAGACUUGAUCCCAAAAUUGUUUCAAGUACUGGCCCCUCGGUACCAAGGUCAGAAUGGGGGCUACACAAGAAUGCUGCAGAUCCCAAAUCGGAGUAAGCAGGAUCGGGCCAAGAUGGCAGUGAUCGAGUAUAAAGGGAACUGCCUCCCACCCCUGCCCCUGCCUCGCAGAGACAGCAACCUUACACUUCUAAACCAGCUGCUUCAAGGGUUGCGGCAGGACCAGAAAGCAAACAUCCACAGCUCCCACACAGCUGAAACACCAGGGAUUUAACUGGAGCCAGAGGGUGUGUGGCACAAUCAUCAAUGCCCGUGAUCACAGGCCUUUGGAGCUCUUUUAAUCUCUAAGAAGAACUGGAGCUAGAGUUGUUAAUGGACAGUUUUAAUGGAGACAAGAAGCUUCUGGGGAGCCAGAUAAUCAUCUUUUUGCAGUAGAUAAAAUUCUUUGUAUGAAUAUAUGUAUGUAUAUGGGUUUGUUUUUUUUCUGCCCUUGGGAUUUCUGGAGAAUGAGAACUAUCCAAAUGUUCAGUCUCCGUGGGUUAGUAAAUUCAUCUGCUUAUGUUUCUGGCUCUUAUUCUGGGUUGUGUUUGGUUAG